GCGUACUCGUGUAGACACAUGGCGGGCACGGGAGUCUGGUAGGCCGGUCAUCGUAGCUAUGUCCACCCGCCUGGCGUCCUGACAGCUCCCGCUACCGGUGGACCAUGGAGGCAAGGCUUCUCUUGGCGUUCAUCGUGGUCUCUGUGCUCUUGGAAGUAUGCAGGGCGGAGUUCUGUUACAGUUAUACCAGAGUUGUGGAUGGAAACAGAGUCAGAGUUCCCGGGUUUUCCUGUCCAAAGAACACAGAACGACCGGAGGACAACCAGAACUCGUACCAGAACGUCUUCUGCUGCGGCCCGUCCGACAACAAGUACUGCUGCAACGAUUGUAGAGAAUCCCAAAACGGACGGGCAUGUCUGCGUUUAUACUCAAGUACUGUAAGUGUUGGUGCAAUCAUAGGCAUCACUAUGGGCUCCACGUUUGUCGGUCUCGGCUGCAUCUACUUCGGCUGUUGCAUGUUCUACACUCUCUUCCCGCGGAAAACUACCGUUGGCAGCAGGCCAGGGAGCUUCCAACAAAACACUUUGUCAAACGCUAACGCCAGGAAAUCUUCAUGUGAGAACUCUCCGAGUAUUACAAAACUGUUGGCCAUCAACAACGGACAUGUGUCAAACGGACACCGCAGCAGCAUUGACAAACCCGCCAAGGUCAACGGCUGCCCCGGAAGUGAACCAUUGCUCAGUAGUUGCCCCGGAAGUGAACCACUGCUCAGUAGUCCUCCAGAUGGAUCCGUGGAAGAUCCCGGAUGUGAACCCGUGGAAGAUCCCGGAUGUGAAUCCGUGGAAGAUCCCGGAUGUGAAAACAAGAGCAAAGUGGUGAUAGUUGUAGACUGUCCCUCGCCAAGUCACUCCACGUCAAAGGAGACAGUCAUAGACUUCCCUGCGACUAACUCGGAGGCGUCAGAAUCAAGAAAAGCCUCAAUUGAAUCAGCAGUAUGAACAGUUCGUGCAGACUGGAACGUGAAC